AUCAUUAAUGAAUUAAGUCGUGCGGCGGGAGGCGGCGGCGGGCGGCAGCCCUACGCGCCGCUCAAAUACCCAUUUCCUGCGUCAGACAGCAUAACACUCCGGUCCACCGUAAAGUAUAGAAUGUCGGCGGGCCCUUGCCAGGAAAAUCGAGAAGACAGGAUCGUAAUAUAGAUAUCAGGUCUACGUGCAGUUCGGGGCGCAAUGGAUGUCGGCGGCGACGGUAAGGUCAGACUAACGCUCGACGACGUGUGCGAAUUGAUCACCAAAGACGAACCCGACGUGGAGAUCACUAGUUUGGACGAGGAACCAGGCUCAGGAAGAGGAGACAAUUACACCUCUAUGUUGUACCGGGUACGGGCGAAAGGGCGCAAGCAGUCGAAGGGUGACGAGGGGUGGACGAAGUACGAGUGCGCGAUCAUCUACAAGAUCCUGCCGGCGUCGAAGGAGCGUCGCGAGGCGUUCAAGAGCGAGCUGCUGUUCCGAAAUGAGGUUGCGUUCUAUAAGCACGUAUGGCCCGCGCUGAACCGGCUGCAGUCGGUCGGCAAGAGGGUGUUUGGUGGUGUACCCAAGAUCUACGCCGCCAGAGCGGACCUCAUUGCCAUGGAGGACCUGAGGGAGAGAGGUUUCGAAAUGGCAGACAGACGGAAAGGGUUGGAGGUGGAGAACCUGAGACUCGUGUUGAAGGCAUUGGCGGGCUUCCACGCGCUCAGCUUGACGCUGAAAGAGUCCAGGCCGGAGGAGUUCGCGAAAUUAAUGAAUCCGGAACAUGAUCAAGGUAUACAAGAAGUGUUGUUUCGACGAGAUAACGAGGAUUGGUAUCGACAAUAUUAUCGCGUAGCCGCGAAUAACGCUAUCCGAAUGGUGUCCGAUGCGCUACCCUCGCAUAUAGAAUUCCGAAGGGAGGAGAUAAUGACAAAGUUGCAGGCCUUUUUGAAUGAAGACGUGUUCUUCCGCACUAUGAGCGAGCUCGUCUCCACGCAGGGACCUCUCUCUGUAUUUUGCCACGGCGAUUGUUGGACCAACAAUAUUCUCUUCCGGGACGAGCCAAGCUCGGACGUAGAGGCCGUUUAUUUAGUCGACUUUCAACUGACGCGGGUCGGUUCCCUCGCUCUUGAUCUUGCGAACUUGCUAUACUGCUGCACGAGUGGUGUGGUUAGGCGGGCUUACAUGACACAGCUUCUCCAGCACUAUCAUUCCCAUCUGAUGUCCUCCUUACGUGUCCUCAAUCCGGAGCGGCCGCCGAAAGAUCCAUCUGUCAUGUGGGAAUUACUAAACGAAGAGAUGCGAAGAUGCGGACGAUUCGGGGUGGGAUUGGCGUUGGACAUACUACCGAUCAGUACGUGUGCCAGCCACGAGGCGCCGGACUUGUAUGAGAGGAGUGCGGAAACUAGCGAGGAGAAGCAUAGCGCGGGAGGACCGCCACCGGGCGGCGCGGAGUGUGCUCGACUCAUGACUGACUUAGUGUUGGAAUUGAUACACAACAAAGCCUUGUAGAUUAGAGAGACGUCGCAUUAUUCAGUAAUAAUAUAUAUACAUAUUAUGACGUAUAUAUAUUAUAUACGUGUGCAUGUCCUUACGCUAUUUUUAUAACUCUUAUAAUACACAUCAUCGCGCGAGAAUAGAGCAGUACAACAUACAAAAUUCGAUCCACAAAUUCUCUCGCAUACAUACGCUCGUGUAUACGCGAUGUAAGUGUGAAGAAAAAUAAUUACUCCCCUCCCCACAUAUAAUUCAUAUAUAUUUCAUAUAUAAUAGAAGACUCAAUUGUACGUAUCAAAGUAUCUUUUUUUUUCUUUUUUUGCAUUUACACACAUUUAUUCCUACCUCGAGACACCAAGACUGCUCGUAACGGGAUAUCAAAUCGUUUUGGCUCGUUCGAAUGUUCUGUCACACGAUAUACAGAACGUAAUAAAAGCGAUUCGAAACUUAAGCUUCGAUCAAAGAGCAACUGGGAAACGAAAGAGGAUCGAAAAAUAAUGCAAUGAAGAAAAUUGCACACGGCAAAUGUAUCGUAUGCGUUCCCUAUAAGUGUGUGAUCACAGCGACGCAAAUACAUGUACAUUGUCACGAU